AUUGGCUGGAGCGACGCGCGGGCCCUGCCUGUUGCGCACUUGGCGUCACACACCGACAGCAGCGCACAGCAGCUGCGUGGAUGCGCGGAGCCGCUGAUGGACUUUCCCCGCUCGCUCGUACCGGCACUGACUCUAUGACUUGGAUCCUCUCGGGCCGGCGGCUGCUCUCAUCCAACCCGGGGACUCAUUACGACGUGGCAGCGGCACGCAUCAAGUGGCCGCGGCGGAACACACGCGCGCGCACACACUCAAGACGUUCUACAUCAGGAAGCACAGGAGCCGUAAAAGGAUCCAGAGAUGCACACCAGUGCAAUGAAGGCCUGAAGCCUGAGAAUCCAUGUGUGCCCCGCUGAACACACGCACUGACGAGUUACAGACACCGGUGUUGUAGCAGUGUGUGUGUGUCUGUGCGUGUGUGUGAGUGUUUGUGUGCGUGUGCCUAUGUGUGUGUGUGCGUGUAUGUGUGUGGCCGACCCUGUGUCUGUAUUUGUGCCGAAAAAUUCAGCUGAGGACGUAAACCAAAGAGUAUGAUCCAACUGUCCACCUCAGUCUGCCUGCUAGGAGGCCUUUUAGGCCUGUGUCUGCUUGAACCUGUUCUGACGGCCCUGACGCCAGCCAGCAUGUGCACGCCCUUAAAGACGCUCAACGACAGCCUCAGCCACAGGCGACGGUACAUGAAGCACAACUUCCCCAUCAACUACACCAUCAGGGUUCAUCAGAAGGAAAUCUUCAAACUGUCAAACAUCCGCAGAAUGAAGUUGCAGGUGGAGGGAUUGGAUGAGCUGGUUCUCCAGAGGCUGUGGUUCCAGGUCAACCAAGGAGUGUUAAAAAAGAUCAUCCGGGUGAUGGCGGAGAGACAUCCUUCGCGGCCGUACACUGCAGAGCUGGAACGACGGUUCAGGGAUGCUGAGGGAGUCUUUGUGGAGUCGCAUCCAGCCGAGGUGUUCCAGAAAGAGCUUCCAGAGACAGUCCAGGACAUUUGGGAUUGUUUAACAGAGGAGCCUGAACGAGUGCCGAAGUCCAGCUGGAGGUUCUCGUCUCCAAAAUCCCUCUUAGACAACUUCUGCCAAACCAUGUACUGCCUCUUCAGCGACUGCUUUGCCAGCAGCGGCGCGCAGCAGGACUACUGUGGCGUUUUCCAUCGGAAGAAAGGGAGGAAGAAAGACGAAAGCUGAGAAGAGCCGAGUGGGGCGAAGGCCCUGUGGAUACUGACUCGGGAUUUGUAUCAUUGGCUGUCGGGAGAGGGGUAAACGGACGACCCACAGCGAAACAAGACAGUUCAAUCCUGAUUCCUGACUUGUCAACAUGAAUAAGUCUUUCUCAAUAUCUACCAAAGAGGGCCUAGAUUGUCUUGAUGAUCCGAUGGAGACGCUCCAUGAAUCAAAGCAGACUGAAACAAUCGGCACGUUAACAGUACUCAUAUUAUUUUGUGAGCAUAUGGACUCUUUACUUUACAUAAAGCUCAUUUUGGAGUAAAGUCUCCAACUCCUUCCAACUCUUUUGCCACUGAGGAAGCCCAAAGUGUUUUUCUCUCUUCGUAGCAUCUCAGACUGAUGCUGUAGUAUUUGGGUUUCCAGCUGUGGAAGAGAAUUAUUCAUGUUCACACAUACGGACUAAACUGAUGUACGAUCAAUAUAAUAGAUAUAUUCUCUCCUAAAGUGGAUUAUUCAAGAAGGGGAGUGCAGCACAAGCUCCUGAAUUCAGUGAUGGGAACUUCACCUGGACUGAGGACAUCACUGUGGCUUUGCCAAAUCUCUACCCCCCCCCCCCAAAAAAAAGCCUGUGAUGUGCUCCCCUGGGCCUGGAUGGUCCAACUCAGAGACCCGACCAGAAGCAACAAGAGAGACUACACAUUGGAUUGUUAUUGGAUUGAAAAACAACCGAGUUUGUACCCGAGACAGACUUCUCUUCUCCGUUUGCCCCAUCACAUCAUGUGUAUGUGAACCGAACUUCAAACCUUCAGGCAAACUGAUAACUACUGUUUUCUCUUCCUUCUUCAAUUGUUGACAAUGCAUUUCUUAACCUACAGCCUAUAUUUAAAGUGAUAUUCUACCAGUGUGCCAUAGACCCAAACUGCAUAAUCACAAACUGUCAAAAACAUAUUUAUUUCUAUGUGUUUAUCGUGCGUGAGUGAGAGCUGAACCCAGAAAAACUACAACAUACGAUCACCUUCCUCCAUCCGAGCCGUGCAUCUUCAUAUUUACUGUAGAAUAUAGAUCCUGCUACUAGUUUAGAUUUUUCUUCUUAAAGCUUAAAGAGGUGACCGUUGAUAUUUCAAACAUGAAGUAACAUCACAGUCAGAAUUUGUUAACAGUAUAAUCAAGCCUAUACAUUUUUUUAAAUGUAAAACAUAAGUGAACUAACAAUAAUUACAUAAUUACAUUUUGUCAAUUAACUCAAAAGUGGCUUCGGGUGUUCGGGCUUCUAGUAUUUUGAUUCGGAGUUUCAACAAUGAACAUGUUAGAAAUUAAAUCUGAAUGAAAAGCUAUAACGAUUGAUAAUAUUUAAAUCUCAACCCCGUACAAUUGUAACCAUACCACGUAGUGAGUGGCCAUUCUCAAUAUUCAAAUGUUUUACAUUUGUUAAAUUUAGUUUAAAACCAACAAAUUCUGACAAGCAAAAUAGUCAUUAGUUCCAAUUCUUUGUCUGAUUGCUGUUUUAUUUUCACAUUUACAUGUCAACUCAAAUUCACAGGUUUUGACAACGUGUGAAAAGAAUUGAAAAAUCAACUUCAACUUCAUCUGUGUAACUUCCUGUUUUAUCGCGUGCAGUUGGACUUACAGGUCAACAUCAGGAACCACUCAACAGAAAACACCUUGAACCCCAAACCUGUGUGCAUACGAGAGAAACUUUGGUAGACACAGUUUAAAAUGACCGUUACAAAAGUUAAUGAAAAAGACUAGAAAGUUGAUCUGAGGGCACAUUCCUCCCCCAAUUUAUCUUAAAGACAGACCCACACCAACACAACAUUUUAUAGUAAUUGGUUGAGUAGUUUUUGCGUAAUCCUGCAGACAGCAGUGAAAACUUGGUCGAGAUAAAUAUAAAGUGAGCAACAUUACUCCACAGUCUGUAUAAUUAAUGUUUAACCUCAUCCACAGGCCUCCUGGCAAAAAGUUCGUAGAAAGUCAGGAUGAUUCGAUGUGUGAACACAGCAGGGGAUCCCCCGCUUCACCGUGAGCGAGUGGGGGGUUGAUGACGCUUCCAACAUGCGACGGAUGCAAACAGAGUCUAGAGAGUUUGUGGUGAUAAGAGCCGACGCCGGUUUCUGUGCUUUGUUCUGUGAUCUCAGCAGCGGAGUUAAUAAGCCUAAAUAAUGCGGAGUAUUAGUUGCUGUUGUGAAUGCAGAAGACCUCCUGUGUUGUGCAGGUGUGAAAGGAAAACUCUGGGUAAGCUCUGGACCCAGUUCUCCAGAUUUUACCCACAGGUCAUGUCUGAAAACGGGUUUUGUUUCACUCAUAUUCAUCAGGGAGUUGAACCAAACCAGUCACGAACCCAAUGACCUAAUGCACUCAGUAAGUAACAAGCAGCAGAAAAUGACCAACAGCUGGGCUCAGAAAGUCGAGCACCUGUUUAGUCAAGGAUGAGUUAGCGAAACAAAUGUGAUUUCAUUAUUUUCACACAUCAGAUCCCCGAAAGAGGAAGUUAGGAAAUCCACUUAGCUUUUCUCAGCCAUUGUUAUCCAGUGCUGAGGACGUUCACUGCUGAGUGGAUCAACAGAUCACCUGAAGGCUCUCUGCACCUGUCGGCGUUGGAAUGCGGCCUUGAUCUUGUCUCGUUAAUCGACUGAAAUGUGAUUUUGUUUCACAUUCCUCACAUGGAUUUGACAUUCCUCGCGCGAUUAUCGAUGAUGAUGAUGAAGGUGGAGGAAUAAUCCGAUUAUGGUGGAGGGUUCCCGGUCGGCACAUACAGAGCAAAGAUGUCUGGGUGGUGCACAGGAAGGAUUUAGUAAUAACACAUAGAGGACACUGUCUGCCUAUUGAGAAGUGUGUAGAAAUACAAUUUUGUUCCAUACAAAUUCAACAUUGUGAUGUUUCACUAAUCUUCAGGUAUCAAAAUUUGAGUUGCACCCAAGACUGCAGUAAGAAUUCACUUGUUUGUGUGAAAGUUACAGUUUCUGUUCAUGCGCUCACUCCUCAUGUCACAUAUGAUCUACGUACAAGCUUUGCAAGUCCAAUAGUGUCACUCUUUAGUCGGGAGAAUGAUGAUGUUAAAUUAUUCUGAUAAAUAUAUAUAUAUAUAUAUAUAUAUAAAGCAUUGGGUUGAGCAGCUUCCAUGCGUUUCAGGAGGCAACACAAAAGAAGCUCUGUAAUGAUGUAACAGAUGAAAGAUAAAUAUUGGUGUAUUUCUUUAAAUGCAGUAAGUGUAUUUGUAUUAUACUUUAUCGAUCAUAUGUAACCGUAUGGUUGUCUUUUCGUAACCAUAAGAGCAUUUUAAGGUGUAUUCAAAGAUCCUUUAUUGUAAAGAUGAAGUGAUAUUUACUACAGCUGACUGGCAACAACAGAAAGAUGAUAAACUACAAACACACGGAUGGUUGUUGUCUGUGGUCUGAAGAUAUGUUUAAGAAACAGAUUUUUUUAUACACAAGAUAUUGAAUUUAUUUAUUUUUUGGAAAUGUAUAAUGCUACGUGACAAUACUUUUAUGAAAGAAAAAUAAAAACCAAAUUUUUCAUCAACUA